UGUCAACAAGCGGCAAAACAAAAACGCAAAACAAACUUGAAAAAACGCGUUUCUUCGUGAAUUGCACCGACCGUUGGUGCGAAACGUUUUCAAUUUGCAGCUGCAGGCAACGGUGCACAGAAUGGCGCGCGUUCCAAAGACCGGCUACAUGAUGGUGAUCGACGUGGGACGGAGCACUGCGCGAAGCUGCGGCGAUCAAAGUUUCUUCGAGAAGGCCAAGGAGUGCGGCAUACGAAUAAUGGGCAGAAACAUUUGCAGCUUCCCCCAAGACGAAAUUGGUCUAGUUCUGAUGGGAACGGAUGAGACGAGCAACCAGCUAAACACUGACCAUGGUAGCGGGUACGAGCACAUUUGUGAAGCCUCCGAGGUUAAGCUACCGAACUGGCACACCUCACGCAUCCUGGAAAAUAAGGUGUUGCGCUCGAACAGCGAAGCCAACUGGUUCGAUGCACUCAUCGUUGCAGCGGACUUCCUUCGUGCGGGCACCGAGAACAGAUCCUUCAAACAACUGCAUAUCUUUCUGAUAUCUGCGCUGGAGAUGUCCGCCGAUGUGAGCCAAAGCGAAAUCCGCAGUCUGCUGGAGAGCUUAGAGGUGAUGGUCUGCCGGGUGCACAUUAUCAGCGAUCAGAUUGAACAUUCGAAGCCGAUAACGAGCAGCACCAUAUUCACCCCCCGCUCAUCCGGUGCGUUCGUGGACGAGGGAGUGAAGAGUGAGGAUCGGAUCAAAAAUGAAAAGCUGCUGGAUGAAAUUUUGCAAACGGAGGGCUUCACCUUGACCAGCAUCGAUGCGGCACACCGGUGUUUGGGUUUUUACGUACCGAAACCCGUUCGACCGACGCCCUGGAACAGCACGCUCACCAUCGGCACCAAACUGAAGUUCGCCAUCUCUGCCUAUCUGCUUAUCAGUGAGCAGAAAGGUUUGGGCCCUUUCAAGGUGACCAGUGCGGGCGGUUCUGCAGCAAACAGUGUCGUCACGAUGCGUACACAACACUUCCAGAACGAGAAACCGAUCGACCUGGACAUGGAAGACGUGAUCGUUGGGUACAUGUACGGAUCUAGCGUCGUCCCGUACGACAAUGCAAUCGAUAUGGACUACAAAUCGGGUGAGGCAGGGCUAAACUGUCUCGGGUUUACGGCAUCCAGCAACAUUCUGGACGAGUACCUGAGCGGCAAGGGCACCUACUUGGUGAUGGCGAAGAAAGGGUGCGCCGGGUCCGAGGAAAAGCUUACCGCUCUGGUGAAAGCAAUGAUGGCUCUCAAUGUGGUCAUGUUGGCUUCUAAAAUCUAUCGAAAAGAUACGAAGCCACGUUUGCAAACGUUGCUCCCUAUCAUGCACGAACAACGCUAUCCUUGCCUCGUGAUGCUGGAGCUCGUCUUUCAGGACGAAAUAAAUCUGGUGCGAUUUCCUUCUAUUCUAACGAGCAAACACCAACCUUCACCGGAACAGUACGCAGCGGUUGAUAAGCUGAUCGACAGCAUGAACCUGACGGACGCCGUUGAGGAUGAGCAUGGACGUUCGCACGAAGCUUUUGGGCUUAAGGAAACGCACAAUCCAAACCAUCAAUUCCUGUACCGUUCGGUAGUGCAUCGGGCCACUCACCCGAAUGCUACCUCCCUUCCCGUGCUUGGUAGUGACGUUAGCGAGCUGGUAAGCGUUCCGCGGAAGUUGAUUCAACGAGCGCAAGCAGCUAUCGAUGAGAUCAAGCAAGUGUUUCCGCUGGAGGAACAGAAACGCAUCACACGUACCGAGUGGCUGCAACGAAUGGCAGCCAUGCACCAGGGUUCUGGAGAUGCUGCGCCGUCGGGCACAGCUCCCUCCUCCAGCAUCGCUACGAUCGAUGAUGAGAGUGAGCGUCGAGUGGUGCUGACCGUCGGUACGAUGACACCGGCAGAGGAUUUCGAUCUGCUGUUGCGGCGUGGGGAAAAGUUCGUUACGGUUGCCACUCAAAUGCAGACCGUCAUAUUCGAGCUGCUCUUUACAGCGAUGCACACUCCGGUGGAGAAGAUCAUCAUGGCACUGAUGAUGUACCGUGGGGAGGCCCAAAAGCUCGGUCCUUUUCGCUACAACGAGUGGUUGACGGAAUUCAAGCAGGUGCUACUCCAACGCCGUAAGCACGAGUUCUGGGAAGAAGUGAUCGUGCGGGAGAAGCUCGGUUUGAUCGACGUUUCCGAAAGCGAUAUGAGCACGGUCAGUGUGGACGAUGCGAUUGAGUUUUACCGGAUUCCUGCUGUGCCGACGAGUGGGGCAGAAACGAUCGUGAAGGAUGAUGUUGAUCUUGAUUCUCUGUUUGAGGAACUGAACGGAUAACUUAAACCGGUGUGCAACAACAUCGGUUGGAUCGGGA